AUGGUGCCGCCACCACGACCUCUUUUUCACCACGGACGCGAUACUGGAGUGGUAUCGCCGCCACAAAGCGCAGAAUCCCUUCCGUCUUCAGUUUCGCCAUCGUCGAAGCGUCGUUCGUUCCAGUUUUGGUACCUCAUCGAUCCGUUCCCGUUUGAAAAUAUUCACAACCCGCUGCUCCACCACGGCACCGUCAACGUACUGCGCAGCGCGCUGGUCAGCGCCGUGCUCAGCCAGUGCCUUCUUGGCAUCCAAGACAUGAAAGUGUUGCCGCCAGGGGUCGUCACGUCGGCGGCAUUCGUCACACGGUUUGUAGUUGUUGUCCCGGCCUACGUCGCCAUGGUCGCCUUCAUCCACGUCCUCAGUCGUCGGUUCGCUUCGCAAUCUACCUCCCACGCGCCCCCGCAGCCUUCCUUUGACGCGUUUGCCCAUCGACGCGAUGAAAAUCUCAAGCUCAAGCAGAUUAGUCAAGGAUACGUUCCCGCGGCGCAGGCAUCGUCGUCAGCAUCCGCAUCGCCGCGAUGGCGAGCUUAG